CUCAAUCAGUGGCAGAUACACACACCGUUAUGGAACCGUCGCAAGUAUUCAACUACCGUCGCAACUUCCUACUCCGACCCGCCUCCUCCAACCGUCACCACCGUUUCCCCGUCAACUGCCACCGUUUCACACCCUUUAUAACCCUCAACGCCACCACCAGUACACUCACGCCAACAUUAUCAUUAUCAUUCACCACAUACUCUUAAGAAAUGGCGCCAAGGAAGAACAAGAACAAGAUCAUCGAUGAAUGCGAAACCUCUGCCGCUGCAAACAAGCGUAUGCGUAUGGACAUUCUGAACCGCACGAAUGGAGUCCCGUUUACGAGCCGAUUUAACCAGUUUCCAUCGAUUCACAUGCUCCAACAACAACAGCAACGUAAUCCGACACAAAACAUCGGUUCUGAUCUCCGACUCGCUCCUCCGUCACCGGUUCCACCGGAAGAUGAUGGUUUCAUCUCUACGUUGAUUCCACAACAAAACUUCAUCAUCAACUACCAUAUGAACCUAAUGGUGCAAAGUGUGGAAGACUUCUGGCGAAGAAACCUCGCGGGCGAAAUUCAAAAGAGGAUGGAGAUGGAAAGAGUGUUGAAAGAAAAAGAGGAACAAGUGGAGCGGUUUAGAAAUAUGUACCAUUUCUAUGAAGAACGGACGUUUGUUUUGGAGAACAUGGGGCCGAACAGGUUUGCUGGUGAAGGAACCAGCGGCGGUGGCGCUGGGGCUGCACUGGAGGAAGAAGUGCAGUCGUGUCAUGUUGAAGUGAAGGAUGAUCAAAGAAUGGAAAUACGAUGCAGGAACUGUUUGAACCGGCCUGCAAGCAUGCUGUGGUUACCAUGCAGGCAUUUGAGUGUGUGUUUAGUGUGUGAAAGGAGGGUUAAGAACUGCCCGAUUUGCCGCGUGAAGAAGACUGAAAGUAUUCAGAUUAAUCUGCCAUGAUUCUGAAACAGAAUGGAGAAGAAUCAGAAGAUGAAGGUCAUACAUUGACCAUGCAAUGUUAUUCAUUUAAUAAGUUAUAAUAAAAAUGAUAUAAUUAUUUAUACUAUUCAAUGUCAAAAACAAAGGAACAACUUCUGUAAUUUGUCUUGUAGAAGACAAUGUUGAAUUGUAUUUCUUAUCAAUGAAACUUAAAAUAGUUUGUUGAUGAA